UGCCAUGGCUUUGGUUUGACUGGUUCUCGGUUGGCCGUUUUGUGUUUUUGUUUGCGGUAUUAUUCUUCGGAGAUUUUUUGCGGGCUGCUGUUCUUGUUGUUGACAUUGUCGUAUUGUGACAACGGUCAAUUCUCAUCGCCAGCGCUAAAUACACUGUCAAAAUCAGGCACUUCACGGCGAUUACAACAGCAAUCAGAGUAGUAGUAGUAGUUGGCCGAAUUUCCGUCCUCCAACCAAACGCCCGGACUGGAAUGUUGUUUGCUCACACGGCGUAUUCGACACACCAGCAUCAUCACUCUGUUACAAACAAUAAAUGGCGCCGGUAUUAAAUGAUGCUGCUAUGUAAAAAAAUUGCAAAAAGUUAUACAAAUGGUGGACAAUAACAACAAUUGAAAGUGCAAAGAAAAAAAAAACAACAACAAAAUAGAUACAAUUAAUUUUAAGCCCCAAACCCAAGACCACAGAGAGGCUAUGUGUAGUGUGUGAUAUGUGCAAAUGUUUGUGGUUUUUGUGGUGUUAAAUGUGCAGACAAUUGGCUAAAUAAACAUUUUAACAAAAGAACCACAAAAAAACAAAAAAUCAUAACAAAAAAUAUCUAGGAUCGUUCAUUGUGCUUCGGAAUAGGGUUAUAUUACUUUGGAGAAAUUGGGAAAACUUCUGUAAACAAAUCAACUCCCCAUUAAUAAAAAAUAUCAAUCGAAAUGGAACAUCCUAAUCUACCCUUUGGCUUUGCCCUGCCCGGUCAUCCACCAAUACCACCAACAGCGAAUAUGAUGGCAGCUCAUCCAACAGCACAUCCUGGGCCUACUGCCAGUCCACCACAAAGUGUUCCUGGGAGACGGACACCCCUUGGCUCAGUGGGUCUAGGUGGUUUCUAUGCCCAAGGUCUGGGUAUGAUACAAGGUGGUGCUGGCAUGCCACCUGGUGAUGAAAAUAAAGCCGACUCGGGUAUUAUGGCCAUGGAUAAAGGUGCCAAUAAUUUAAUGUUGGCACCAUCCACCAGUGGUGGUCCAGGUGGUUCAUUGCUGUCGUCAAGCGGUGGAAACGGCGGCGGCGGUAGUGUGAGGGUUAGAGGAGGUAGUGCUGUUUCGGACGGAGAUGGAGGAAGCUCAUCCAGUGGAGGCGGCGGUGGGGGAAAACAAAAAAAUCGACAAGGAAAAUCUGUGCGUUUGAAUAUUAAUGCAAGAGAACGCCGAAGAAUGCACGAUUUAAAUGAUGCCUUGGAUGAGUUACGCACUGUGAUACCCUAUGCCCAUUCGCCAUCGGUACGUAAGUUAUCGAAAAUUGCCACCCUACUGCUGGCCAAAAAUUAUAUUCUCAUGCAGCAGAAUGCCAUUGAGGAGUUAAGAAGACUUCUAGCCUAUAUUCAAAGUACCACCGGUGCAGCCCCUCUAGACUUGGCCUCAUUCCCAGCGGCAGCCAAAUUACAGGCCUUACUGCAAGGAGCAGGUGUUGAGCCACCAACAGGUGGUAACAGUUAAAUUUAUAAUUUAAAAAAGAAGGGAAAUUUGAAAUUUUAAGAAAUAAAAUAAUUAUAAGGUAGAAUCUUAAAAAAAGGUAAAAAUGGGAAGGUACAGCCUAUCGAGAACUGCUAUGGCUUUCACUUUAAAAAAUGACUUAAAAUUAGAUAACUCUAGGAUGAGAUUCAACCACACCAUUUUCAGAUAUAAAUCGGAUCAAUUUAGCAAAAAUUCGUAAUAUCUUAUUUGCUCUUCGAAAAUUUCACGCAUUUCAUUCGAAAGUAAACUACGUAAAUUUCCAUCUGCAUUUUUAUAUAUAUUCUGACAAAUUUGAAAAUGUUAUUUAUUUUUUUGAAAAAAUAAUAUUUGUGCCAGAUACGCCAAGAAUCGUAACUUGUUAAAUAAAUUUACCAAAGCAAUUUGAAUGUCAAUUUAGAUUUUAGAUUGAUAUAACCCAUAACAAUUCUAGUCAGUUAUUUCCAAAAUUAAUGAUAUUUAAUUAUAUACACUUAAGAUAAUGUAUAUAAACGACCCAUAUACCUACAUAUAUGUAUUAAUUUUUUAUAUUUUUAAGUAGAUUUUAAUUUAAGAUAAACUAAAUUUGUGAACUUAUGAAAAAAAUGAUAUUAUCUACACUUAGCGAUUAUAACCGAAAAAUGAAACAACUCAAAUAAAGGAAAUGAAUA